AUGCCCUGCGUCCAGGCUCAGUAUGGAUCAUCACCCCAAGGAGCCAGCCCCGCGUCCCAGAGCUACAGCUACCACGCCGCGGGAGAGUACAGCUGCGACUUCCUCACUCCCGAGUUCGUGAAGUUUAGCAUGGACUUGACCAACACCGAGAUCACAGCCACCACCUCCCUGCCCAGCUUCAGCACCUUCAUGGACAACUACAACGCGGGCUACGACGUCAAGCCGCCUUGCCUUUACCAGAUGCCGCACGCCGGCGGCGAGCAAUCGGCCAUCAAGGUGGAGGACGUGCCGAUGCACGGCUACCAUCACCACCACGCCCACCCGCACCAGCAGGGCCACCUGCCGCCGCAGUCCGACGACAUGAUGGCCCACGCGGGGCCCGUCUACUUCAAGCCGCCGCCACCGCCGUCGUCGUCGCCGCACGCCCCCAACACGCCCAACUUCCAGGUGCAGCCAAGCGCCAUGUGGGAGGACCCCAGCACCUCCUUGCACCCCUUCCACCACAACUACAUGAUGGAGCAGCGAAAGAACCCCGUGUCGCGGCUCUCGCUCUUUUCCUUCAAGCAGUCCCCGCCUGGCACGCCCGUGUCCAGCUGUCAGAUGAGGUUCGACGGCCCGCUGCACGUAUCCAUGGGCCACGACGCCGCGGUGCAUCACCGGGGCCUGGACGCGCAGAGUUUCGCGGUGCCCGGAGCCCUCCGCAAGCAGGCCGCCGGCGGGCUGGCCUUCCCGCACUCGCUGCAGCUGGGCCACGCGCACCAGCUGGUGGACAGCCAGGUGCCGUCGCCGCCCUCCCGGGGAUCGCCGUCAAACGAGGGGUUAUGCGCGGUGUGCGGGGACAACGCCGCCUGCCAACAUUAUGGGGUUCGAACCUGCGAAGGAUGCAAGGGCUUUUUCAAGCGCACCGUCCAGAAAAAUGCCAAAUAUGUGUGCUUAGCCAAUAAGAACUGUCCAGUUGAUAAACGCCGAAGAAAUCGUUGCCAGUUCUGCCGUUUCCAGAAGUGCCUUGUGGUCGGAAUGGUGAGGGAAGUGGUGAGGACUGAUAAUCUGAAAGGUCGACGAGGACGCCUGCCCUCCAAACCCAAAAGCCCCCAGGACCCCUCACCCCCGUCGCCGCCGGUCAGCCUCAUAAGCGCUCUGGUCAGGGCCCACGUGGACUCCAACCCUUCCAUGUCUGCAUUGGACUACUCCAGAUUCCAGGCGAGCCCUGACUACCAAAUGGCUGGAGACAACACGCAGCACAUCCAGCAGUUCUACGACCUGCUCACCGGAUCCAUGGAGAUCAUCCGCGGCUGGGCCGAGAAGAUCCCGGGUUUCUGCGAUCUGCCCAAGCCGGACCAAGACCUGCUGUUCGAGUCGGCCUUCCUGGAGCUCUUCGUCCUCAGGCUCGCUUACAGGUCCAACCCGGUGGAGGGCAAAUUAAUCUUUUGCAACGGGGUGGUGCUGCACAGGCUGCAGUGCGUGCGGGGCUUCGGCGAAUGGGUGGACGCAAUCGUGGAGUUCUCGUCCAACUUGCAAGGCAUGAACGUGGACAUUUCAGCGUUCUCCUGCAUCGCUGCGCUUGCCAUGGUUACAGAGCGACACGGGCUGAGGGAGCCCAAACGCGUGGAGGAGCUGCAGAACAAAAUCGUCAACUGCCUGAAGGACCAAGUGACGUUCACAGGCGGCGGCCUGAACCGACCAAACUACUUGUCCAAGUUGUUGGGCAAGCUGCCCGAGUUGCGCACGCUGUGCACGCAAGGCCUCCAGCGCAUAUUUUACCUCAAACUCGAAGACCUCGUGCCUCCGCCAGCCAUCAUCGACAAACUCUUCCUCGACACGUUGCCUUUCUAA